AUGGUCGAGGGCCGCGCGUGGCAUGGGAUUCUAGCCAGACUCCAUGCUAGUCUGGUGCUGCAGUUUUGCACCGCCCUACCACUGAUCACCGGGAGCCGUCUUGCACAGCCACUGCCCUACGGUAGCCGCGAGCCGUCCAGAAGCUCUCUGCGCGCACAACCCCCCAAACGGGCUGCGAUUGUCGCUGCAGCUGUCGCCAUCCCGCAUCGCCAGCGCAAAUCCGUCCAUGGAUGCGGCGUCGCACGCGCUCCCAGCCCGGCGUCUCUCGAAUCCACCCUCAACUGCCACACGGGUGUGCGCGUGCGAGCCUCGAGUGGCUUGUGUCCGUUCUCCCUCCAUGCCGUGUCUGUGUUCGCUGCCCGUAAUCCUCCACACGCGGCAAAAGUCCUGUCUGCCGCGGCCCCAUGGAGCCACAGCGCAGGGCAAACGCAUUACUCCUCCCCCCUACGUCUGGGCUACGCAUCAGAGACGGCCGUCGCACCCCCGCCAAUUCGUCAAAAAGCGUUCCUCGGGCCAAUCCCGCAAUCAGCCGUUGGCGCCGUGUCGCUUGCUAUUGUCCAGGCCAACUCGCCCGUUGCCCGCCUGGUCGGGGCAGAAAAGACAAAUGUCCCCUGCCAUUGCAGUUACACCGACCCCAUUGCUGGCAUUCGCAUCUAUUGUGGGUCGCUUCUGACCAAUCCCAGGGCUGAUGGCAUAGUCCGCCGGUCAAGCGAGGGGGAGAGCCAAGCCGUGGAGCCUGAAGCCGUCCUUGGGCCAAGAUCGACAAAAGAUAGUCGACAGACCAAAUACACGGUGCAGCGUCAUACCGUCGAAACACCGCCCAAGGCGGUUGUGAUUGACAUUGUGGCACAGUCAUUUGCCGCCACACUGUACCGCCACAGCUCGUCGUAA